AUGCCCACGGCAACCCCUCCUUCAGCAGCGGUCAUGAGGAAGUCCUGGCAUGAGGACAUCACCCAGGACCUGCGCAACCACCUCGUCCAUAAGCUUGUGCAGGCCAUCUUCCCCACCCCGGACCCGGCUGCGCUGAAGGACCGGCGCAUGGAGAACCUGGUGGCCUACGCCAGGAAGGUGGAGGGGGACAUGUACGAGUCAGCCAACAGCAGGGAUGAGUACUACCACCUGUUAGCCGAGAAGAUCUAUAAGAUCCAGAAGGAGCUGGAGGAGAAGAGGAGGACUCGGCUGCAGAAGCAGGACAUGAGUUGAUCAGACGCCACUUAUAUGUUUGAUAAUUUCCUGAUAAUUAUCCAUUAGUGUUUUUUCUGCACAAAUCAAUCAUUCAUUUGAACACUAUUCUCAUCCCUCAUAUUGUUCAUAUGACUCAUCAUGGACAUGCUCUCAGUUUGGAACAAAUUAUUUGUGAUGCACUUGUUUUUUGUCAACGGGAGUUCUCCACAUAACAUUACUGACGCUGAGCAUAUUUCCAAGGCCGGGCUUGGGCCGGGUCUGUCGUACUGUUAGAAAUGUGACUCUUGUUCUGACUCUUGCACUGAAAUGUUUUCUGAAUAGUUUUGUACUGUUUCCCAAUCACUGACCCACAAGACACAUCAAAAAAGAAUUCCAUAGAAUUGCAGUUGCCAGUUUAAGCAUUCAUUUAUUUAUGUAGUAUUGAUUUGAGACUUGAUGCACUAAUCAGUUAAUUUGAUAUAUUUUAGGAUUUCCAGGUGUGAUUGGCUACAUAGAUGGCACUUAAAUUCCUAUCACAGCUCCAUCAGUAAAUUAAGGAGAUUAUGUGAAUAGGAAGUGUUGGGAUGAUGUCAUGAUGGCUGGAAAGAUGGACAACAUUUUAAAAGGGUUGACUUGGUUUAUUAGAGUGAGCUUGGAUCAUUUAAACCAGUCCAGGCAAAGUGGUCACAUGAGUGAGGCCAUGAGUUACAGAAGGCCUUAUAUACAAUGCAGUAUAGUGGGUCAAAUAUAGUUUCUAUAUACAUUUUCCUUACAGGGCACAGCAUGUGGUCAGCAUAUUUGUAUUCUUGACAGGUCUUGCCCAAUACUCUCUGGCUCCUGCCUGUCUCUAGCAAGAGGCCCUGACCAGUAAAUGUAGCACCUAAAUAGUAGCAUUAGCAUUCUAAAUGAAAGAUACUUCACAAUACAGCAACUGCAGCUUCAUACUCCAACCCACAUCAUCAGCAACGUGGAAGUGUCCUGGGUCUGUGAAUGAUUCGCAAAUAUUUUGUGAGUGUACACUGACCGCUAGAUUUGCUCUUGGUGAAUUUCUAUAUAUAUAUCCUAUUAUAAUGUAUAUUUUGUUUCCUCCUAUUGCAACUGAAAAUGCAAACUGUAUCCUCGUAUUAUCAUGGGAGAUUUUGAUGGUUACCUGCUUGGUGACAGAGGGUACUGUGGAGGAUUUCCUGUGUACUUACGUUAUUCACCAAUCAAUAGAACUUUCCCUAAUCAAUAGAACUAGUCAUUGGAUACUAGUUAAUAUGUUUGCUACUAACAAGUGUAGAUUGUGUCUAUGUGUCAGGUUGAAUAGAUGUUCGGCGUCAGGAGAAAGUACUGGGUAAACGUCCCUUGUGAUGACUACAAGGAGAGCUCCAACUAUGAUCCCUCUCUGCCCUGAGAGUGGUCAAUAAUCAAAUCAAAUCAAAUGUAUUUGUAUAACCCUUUUUACACGCAAGCAUGUCACAGAGGGCUUCACAUAUGCCCAUAGAACUGCCCCUCAACCAACCUAAACCCUCAAGGAAGACAAGGAAAAACUCCCAAAAAACUCUCAACAGGAGAAAAAAAAUGGAAGAAACCUUGGGAGGAGCAAUUCAGAGAGGGAUCCCCUCCUCCAGAGACGGUUGGUGGGAGAGAGGAGCAGAACACAGGCUAAACAUAGUCAUACAGUGUCGAUGGGUAUUUAAAACACCAAAAUCCAUUAUUCAACUUUAUAGAUGUAGGACAGGACCGGGAGACUCGCGACCAGGUCCAGCGUUGGCUGACCGACGACCAGGCAGGUGCUGACAACUCAAACCCCCCACACCACAAGGGAUGUGUGUGUGGGGGGACAGAGAGAGGAGAGCAGGGAUUAGACAAUGCCAGGAGCAGCUAACAGUUACAGUCAUAAUAGAAUGAGAUCCCCACCGGUCAAGUGUGGACUGGUGUAGCAAUUUAACAGAGCAAAAAAGUGGAAUUUGAUGCAACCCCACACACCAAGACAGCGACAGCCCCCCUCAUUUGGAACAUGAAAUCUGUUCCAGGGGAAGAGAACUCUAAAAUAAGUUAUACUUAAAGAAUAAGGAUGGAAACAACCCGUCCCCCGUUGCCUCCAACUAGUAACAUACUUACCUUUAACAGUCGUAGAAUUGACUAAACAAUAACGUUUUUAACCUAAUUUUAAACGUCGAAACAGUAUCAGACUCCCUAAUUGAGACGGGUAGUUUAUUCCAGAGAAGAGGCGCUCUCGUCAAUAGCGGGGAGCUGUGAAUUUCUUUCUCUUUGAUUGUUGUAACACCAUUACUGCCUAACUGUCACUAUCUAUGUUUACAUUCUUGUGCCCUAUAAAAGAUGGUCCUCCAGCCUUCAGAGCUGAGAGAGACAUGAUUGAGACCUAA